AUGGAAUGCAGUCAGGCGCGGACUGCUCAGGAAAGGGGGGAGGUGAUGUCGAGGGCUGCUUGGGCCGUAGCAGUGGCGGCGCUAGUGGCGCUCGCUGACCCGGGGGCGGCGCGCCGCUCGGUCACCGUCCUGCCCGAAGACGCGAGGCCUGGGUUCACGGUCCGCCGCCUCAGGCCGGCGCUGUCCCACCUCUCCUACUCCCUCGUGUCCACCCCCGUCGCCCAAUACUUCGCCGUUCUCGAGGAUGGCAUAGUCAUGACAACGGCAGAUCUUGCUCCUCUACUCAACCUCCCCGUCAACCUUGGAGUCCUCGAGGAGACACCUAACACCACGUCAACGCAUAGUCUUCACAUGUAUGUCCUAGAGCGACGGGAUAUGUUGAGGUUUUCAGACUCAGUCAUAGAAGGAGCUAAGAUUAAAGAGAACGCUCCUCCUGGGACGAGGGUGUCACUUCCCCCGAUCAAACUGGAAGGAAAAGGUACAGGAGGUCCCAUUAAAUAUACAAUAAUAUCUGGAGAUCACGGUGCCUUUGAAAUAUUGAAAAACGAAACGUUAGGCUUAGUGACAACGAGACCUCUAGACAGGGAACAUAGACCUUCCUAUAGGUUAGGACUUCAGGCUAGUGAUGCGAGAGGAAUCGACAGGGCAAAUGUGAAAUUAUUCGUGGAAGUCGAAGACGUCAAUGAUAACAGCCCUCAAUUCGACGAUAAGGUCUAUAGGUUUUCGCUGGGGAAGAUAAAUGGCACAGAGUGGCAGAGAUUCGCGAAAUUAGGAAAAGUUCAUGCAACAGAUGCCGACGGUGAUAAAGUGGCCUACAGGUUAGCGACCCAUACCAGUAUGGCGAUUAUAGUUCCUCAGACUGGUGAAAUAUUGCUCACGGGCGAUCCUGCCCUCAAUACCGAAUACCAAUUGACAGUGAUUGCGCACGAUCUGCGAGUGCCCUCCAGGGAGUCCAAGCCUUCGAGGGUCUUUCUAGAGUUCAAUGAAGAAGAAGAGAACUCUAUUCACAGGAUAGAAAAGAGGAGAGUUACCAGGGCAGUGAGACCUACCAAGAGAAUAGAAUUUACCGAAAGUGAUGGUGAGCAAGAAGGAAAAAUAGUCUUCCAACUCGAAAAGGAAACGGAAAGGGAAACUUUCAAGAUCAGGGACGAGAAUCCGUGGGUGGCGGUUGAACCGAACGGUGCGGUGCGAGUCAAGAAGAAGUGGGACUACGAAGAACUGGGGCCUGAGAAGACUAUCGACUUCUGGGUUACCAUCACCAACGCUGGAGUAGGAGGUGGACUGGAACAGGACGUCCCUUUUUCUGGCAGCCGAAGGAUGGAGUGUGGCUAUGAAACUGACACGACCCGCCUUAAUGAUAGUUCGUAA